AGAGGCAGCAGAAUGCUGCCAUUGUUGUGGCAUGCUGCAGAAGGCUCGAUGCCUUGGACAUUGUGCAUAGCCAGUCUUUCCAUAUGGGGAUGGGGAGGCCUUGGUGGUGUGCUUUUUCUAGUAACAUUUGGACCUUUUGCUAUCUUUUAUUUUGCAUUUUAUAUCCUUUGCUUUGUUGGAGGGGGUUUUGCAGUUACUCUGUUAUUUGGAAAGAUACAUUCAGAGAAAUAUCUUGAAAAAUGCGAACAUGCCUUCCUUCCUCCCACUUCAACUGGGAUUACUAAGUGUUUAGAAGAAAUGAAGAAAGAAGCCAGAAUAAUAAAGAUUGAUAGAAGAGUGACAGGCUCUAGUAUAAUCGAUGAACCUUUGCAGCAGGUGAUCCAGUUUGUUCUGAGAGAUUAUAUUCAGUACUGGUAUUACACAUUAAGCGAUGAUGAAUCUUUCCUCCUCGAAAUUAGGCAGACUGUGCAAAACGCUCUGGUUCAGUUUUCUACUAGAAAAGCACAUUUACAUAUUAACCAUGCAGACUAUAAGAUAAAUAUGAAGUUUUGA